CAGAGAACGAAUUUCUUUUUUUCAUGUUUUUAACAUGCUUUCAGUUUCGCUUAGGAAUUACUGAGAACGAUUAAUUAAAAUACGAAAAAGUGCUGAUUCAAAUUAAAGAUCUGACAUUAAAAAAUAUCGGAAAAUCAAGAAAACAAUAAUAGCACUAGUUUUUAAUCAAAGAGCUUAUUUAACGACGCGUUUUUAACGCCAAAAUGACUGUCACUCUUGUAAUUUUUACAUAAACCGCAAUACGUGCAUCAUCUUUAAUGCUAACAGGCAGAUUAAAAUAUUAGUAGUCGAUAAUAAUGUUUUUUACCGGUCGAGUAAAAAUGUUUCAGGCAUCCUCGUUGGCAAUCAGCUGCGAAAUGGCGAGUGCCAUAGUGCGUUGUUUUCAGAUACCAAGGAGACAAUUAGGUCUCCUUGGGUCGAUUUUAAGUAGCCAGCAACAGCAAAGAACUCUUGCCGAUGCUGCCCCCGAGGGAAAGAAACAAGGUGGACCUCUGUCAGACCAAGAUCGUAUCUUUACAAAUCUCUAUGGCAGACAUGACUGGAGGCUGAAGGGUGCCUUGAGCCGUGGUGAUUGGUAUAAGACUAAGGAAAUAUUGGACAAAGGUGCCGAUUGGAUCAUCAAUGAGAUCAAAGUUUCCGGUUUAAGAGGCCGUGGUGGUGCUGGUUUUCCUUCUGGCAUGAAAUGGUCUUUCAUGAAUAAGCCUUCAGACGGCAGGCCGAAGUAUCUAGUGAUCAACGCUGAUGAGGGCGAACCAGGAACUUGUAAGGACCGUGAGAUUCUGCGUCACGAUCCACACAAGCUCGUCGAAGGUUGUCUGAUCGCCGGUCGUGCUAUGGGAGCCUGCGCAGCUUACAUCUACAUACGCGGCGAAUUUUACAACGAAGCGUCCAACAUGCAAGUCGCUAUAGCGGAGGCUUAUCAAGCUGGUCUCAUCGGAAAGAACGCUUGCAACUCUGGUUACGACUUCGACAUCUUUGUGCAGCGAGGAGCUGGUGCGUAUAUCUGCGGCGAAGAGACUGCUCUGAUCGAAUCUAUGGAAGGCAAACAAGGGAAACCUAGACUGAAGCCGCCGUUUCCGGCCGACGUCGGCGUAUUCGGAUGCCCCACGACCGUCACUAACGUGGAGACAGUAGCAGUGGCGCCCACGAUUUGCCGCCGAAGUGGAGCGUGGUUCGCUUCAUUCGGACGCGUGCGUAACCACGGAACUAAGCUCUUCAACAUCUCCGGCCAUGUCAAUAAGCCAUGCACUGUGGAGGAAGAAAUGUCCAUCCCGCUGAAGGAACUGAUCGAAAGACAUGCGGGCGGUGUGAUCGGCGGAUGGGAUAAUUUGAUGGGUGUCAUUCCCGGGGGCUCUUCUACUCCCGUCAUUCCUAAAAGCGCAUGCGACACUGUGUUAUUGGAUUUUGACGACUGCAUCAGAGUGCAAAGUUCAUUCGGCACGGCCGCGGUAAUCGUAAUGAACAAACAGACUGACAUAAUCAAGGCCAUUACCCGCCUGAUAAGUUUCUACAAGCACGAAUCGUGCGGUCAGUGUACGCCUUGCCGCGAGGGUAUCAGCUGGAUGCACAAGAUACUCAAAAGGUUCGUGGAAGGUAAAGCCGAGGUGCACGAGAUAGACAUGCUGUGGGAAUUAACGAAGCAAAUAGAACUACACACGAUCUGCGCGCUGGCGGACGGCGCCGCGUGGCCGGUUCAAGGUCUGAUUAGGCACUUCAGACCGGAGAUCGAGGCCCGCAUGAAGCAGCACAAGCAAGUCGCGUCCAACUGAAAACCGUAGAGAGAAAUAGAAGCGGACAUUUAGAUAGAGCAUGACAGAGAAAGAGACAACACUCUAAAGAGCAGUCCCUGUAAGAUUUUUUUAUUUAUUCUCGCUGUAUAUAAAUGAAUGAAACACAUGCGUGAUAGUCGCGCGAUUCUCAUGUAACAAUGUCCUUCGAACUCGGUGCAACGUCCGCCAGUGGUUCGACUUUAAUAAAAGGAAUAUACAAAGAGAAUAUUGGAGAAUAUUUAUAUGUAUAUGUGUAUGUAUAUGUAUAUAUAUGUAUGUAUCUAUGUAUGUAUGUAUGUAUAUAUGUGCACAUAAAUAUACGUAAAUCGCACGUAAA